GCUGCUACUGAGCCGUCUUUGUGUUGACAUCUGUGGGGGAUUGAGAGUGUUUGAAUGGAUAUUACCAGGUGCACGGAGAAAUGGGAGAGGCCUCCGACAUCCUCCAUAAUGCUGUCUAGCAAGAAGUCAGAUGCUGGCUCCUCUUCUUCCUCCUCUUCUUCCUCUGGUGGCACAGCAGGAGGUGAUAGGGUCCAGAUGGCUGAUGCUCAGACUGGACCCUCAGCCUCAGCUGGAGGAGCUAUGGAUGUAAAAAAGAAGGAAAGGUCUUCCCCUAGUGGGGAACAUGCAGGAGCUCCUUUGCCCCACCAGGCAGGCCCUGGGGGGGCAGAUCAGGACUCAGCUGAAGUCCGCAGGACAAGUCGACGAAAGCGAGCAAAACAGGUGGAGUACCGCGAGAUGGACGAGAGCCUGGCUAAUCUAUCGGAGGAUGAGUAUUACUCAGAGGAGGAGAGAAAUGCCAAGGCAGAAAAAGAAAGGAAGCAGGUGAUUCCACCUCCACCUCCACCAGUAGAUGAAGAGAAUGACAGUGAACCAGAGGAACCAUCUGGUGUGGAAGGAGCUGCUUUUCAGAGUCGUCUUCCUCAUGACCGUAUGACUUCCCAAGAGGCCGCUUGCUUCCCAGAUAUCAUCAGUGGUCCCCAGCAGACUCAGAAAGUCUUCCUCUAUAUUCGCAACCGUACACUCCAACUGUGGCUGGACAACCCUAAGAUCCAACUGACCUUUGAGGCCACAGCACAGCAGCUUGAAGCUCCAUACAACAGUGAUGCCGUGCUGGUCCACAGGAUACACAGCUACUUGGAAAGACAUGGCCUCAUUAACUUUGGCAUUUAUAAGAGGGUCAAGCCAUUACCCACCAAGAAGACUGGGAAGGUUAUAAUUAUUGGUGGAGGUGUGUCUGGCUUAGCUGCUGCAAGGCAACUGCAAAGCUUUGGGAUGGAUGUCACAGUAUUAGAGGCCAGGGACCGUGUUGGAGGCAGAGUGGCCACAUUUAGGAAGGGCAACUAUGUUGCUGAUCUGGGAGCCAUGGUGGUGACAGGCCUUGGAGGGAAUCCCAUGGCAGUGGUCAGUAAGCAGGUUAACAUGGAGCUGGCCAAGAUCAAACAGAAGUGUCCUCUGUAUGAAGCCAACGGCCAGGCUGGUGAACGGUGCACAAGUGUGCCAAAAGAAAAAGAUGAAAUGGUGGAGCAAGAGUUCAACAGACUGCUGGAGGCCACUUCCUACCUCAGCCACCAGCUUGACUUCAACUUCCUCAACAACAAACCUGUGUCUCUGGGACAGGCCCUGGAGGUGGUCAUACAGCUGCAGGAGAAGCAUGUAAAAGACGAACAGAUAGAGCACUGGAAGAAGAUUGUAAAGACUCAAGAAGAUCUCAGGGAUCUUCUCAACAAGUUGGUGUCCACUAAGGAACGGGUUAAGGAGCUUCAUCAGCAGUAUAAAGAGGCCAGUGAAGUCAAACCACCAAGAGAUAUCACAGCUGAGUUCCUGGUGAAGAGCAAGCAUCGGGACCUCACCGCACUCUGCAAAGAGUAUGAUGAGUUGGUGGAGCUGCAGGUCAAACUGGAGGAGAAGUUACAGGAGCUAGAAGCCAAUCCACCCAGUGAUGUUUACCUGUCAUCAAGGGAUCGACAGAUCUUAGACUGGCACUUUGCCAACUUGGAGUUUGCCAACGCUACACCCCUUUCCACCCUCUCUCUCAAACACUGGGAUCAGGAUGAUGACUUUGAGUUCACUGGCAGCCACCUGACUGUAAGGAACGGUUACUCUUGUGUUCCUGUGGCCCUGGCUGAAGGCUUGGACAUCAAACUAAACACAGCGGUGCGGCAGGUCCGCUACACAGCAUCUGGCUGUGAGGUGAUAGCGGUCAACACUCGCUCAACAACCCAGACCUUCAUCUACAAGUGUGAUGCUGUGCUGUGCACCCUGCCCCUCGGUGUGUUGAAGCAGCAGCCCCCUGCUGUGCAGUUUGUUCCCCCGCUGCCUGAGUGGAAAACAUCUGCCAUACAGAGGAUGGGCUUUGGCAACCUCAACAAGGUGGUGCUGUGUUUUGACCGUGUGUUCUGGGACCCGAGUGUCAACCUGUUUGGUCAUGUCGGCUCCACCACAGCAAGUCGGGGCGAACUCUUCCUCUUCUGGAACCUUUACAAAGCCCCGAUCCUACUUGCUCUGAUGGCCGGAGAGGCUGCUGGAAUCAUGGAGAACAUCAGCGAUGACGUUAUUGUCGGACGCUGCCUCGCCAUUCUCAAAGGAAUAUUUGGAAGCAGUGCUGUGCCGCAGCCAAAGGAAACUGUGGUCACGCGUUGGCGUGCCGACCCCUGGGCUCGGGGCUCCUACUCGUACGUAGCAGCGGGUUCUUCGGGCAACGACUAUGACCUCAUGGCGCAGCCCAUCACACCCGGCCCUGCUAUACCCGGAGCCUCACAGCCUGUCCCUCGUUUGUUCUUCGCUGGUGAACACACCAUCAGGAACUACCCGGCCACAGUUCACGGCGCACUCCUCAGCGGGCUCCGCGAGGCUGGCCGCAUCGCAGACCAGUUCCUCGGUGCCAUGUACACGCUUCCCCGACAGGCCACUCCUACAGCGGCCAGCAACCCUCAGCAGGCUCAGCAGCCCACGCCCAGCGUCUGAAAAAGUUUCCUGACAACUCAGGACUGUCAAACCAACUCUUAACAGUUUGUGUGUGUGUGGGGAGUUGAAAUUGAAACAUCUUGAAAGUCCAGGAACAACUUUGCCUCUUUUGCCUUUUGAUGAAAUUAAUGACACUUGUAGAGUUUAUUUUCCGGUUGUAUGUAUAUGUAUGUAUAAUUGAAUUGAGAAACCUUAUGGAUUUGGAUGUUCUCAUUUACAGUCGACUCACAUUGCAAAGACUGGACUUCAAAUAGAUCUGAAUUUUAUCUUUUACGUAAAAAAUCCAUCUUAUAUUUUAUAAAUGUGCGAUUUACCCCAGUCUUAAAAGUGAAGCAUGGUGUUAUAUGUGCUUUCAGAACCCAGUGUCUAUUUAUGUGCCCCACUCUGAACAUUAAAGAACGGCUUGAAACUUCUUCACGCCUUGUUCACACAACUUAAAACUAUAUACAAGGCAGAAGAUUCAGUACCACUGUCUCAAUCCACUACAGCUGUGUUGCUCCUCUAAGUGAAAAGACAUUUCCCUCUGUUGUUGUUGUUCCAGAGGCUUUGUCCUGGUUGUCUGAAGGCUGAAACCAUAGUGAGAAUUUAUCUUCUAUCAUCUAGGUUUGCAGAAUGUAGGGAAAAUAGUUUGUAUUAAACGUGUAAAAGACAGAUAGGAUGACAGAUCUGUGAAUGUUUGUGUUUUGUUUUUUUUGGCAUAACAGUUUAAGUAUUUUAUUAUGGCUGUCCGUGUCAUCACAUACUUUUGAUAUUGUCAACUUUUUUUUGUUAUUAAAAGAAGAGAAAAAUGCA